AUGGCCGCUGUUCGAGCUUCACUCUGCUUUCGGACCUCCGACAACCACAGAGCCAUCUCAUCUCCAACUUCUAUCUCCAUUUCCAAGCUCGAAUUUCGCAAUUUAACCAUAGCUCAAGCCCUAUUAAGCACAAUCCAAUUUGGCCGCCAGCCCAACUCCGUUUACAGACAUACAUUUCUUACAAAAGCAUUGAAGCGAAAUCAAGAGGAUUGUUGCGACACAAGUGACGAAGCCCCACACAUUUUCGAGAUGUGGGUCCUCGUAGCUGAUGCAAAGUGGGUUCUGUACAUGGCGUUUGGUGCUUUAGCUGUGGCGGCUCUUUCGGAGAUAUCUAUUCCUGGAAUACUGGCGGCAUCAAUUUUUUCAGCUCAAAAUGGUGAGAUGUUGGUGUUUGUUCGAAACUCACGGCUUCUGGUUUUCUUGUGCCUCACCUCAGGAAUAUGCAGCGGUCUGCGAAGUGGGUGUUUCGCUCUUGCAAAUACGAUUUUGGUUAAACGCCUCAGGGAAACUGUAUAUAGCUCUCUGCUUCUUCAGGAUAUAUCCUUUUUUGAAUCGAAAGCAGUUGGCAAUUUGACUAGCAGGAUUAGUACUGAUUGUCAGCGAUUGUCAAAAAUCAUUGGAAAUGACAUACACUUGAUAGUUCGAAACAUAGUUCAGGUACUAAUCUGGUUUAUUUUUUUCCCCCCAAUUAUGUUCCGCUGUAUUUUCUGUCUGAGUAAUGUUUUGCAGGGUAUAGGUGCAUUUAUCGUCUUGAUGACUUUGUCCUGGCCACUGGCACUGUCAUCCCUGGGCAUAUGCUUUAUUUUGUCUGCAAUUUUCUUUAUUUAUGGGAUGUACCAAAAGAAAGCAGCAUUGCUUGUUCAAGAUUCUGUUGCUUCGGCCAAUGAAGUCGCACAAGAAACAUUGCAUUUGAUGAGAACUAUCAGAGCAUAUGGAACAGAAAAGGAAGAAUCUCAGAGGUUCGAACAAUGGCUUGAUAGGCUAGCUUUCAUUGCCAUGCGAGAAAGUGUGGCCUAUGGAAUCUGGAACUUUAGUUUUCAUACAUUGUACAGAUCAACUCAGGUUCUUGCUGUCCUAUUUGGAGGAGUGUCUGUUUUGACGGGAUCUGUUUCUGCUGAGCAACUGACCAAGUAUGUUAUGUAUUGUGAGUGGCUGAUUUAUGCUGCCUGGAGGUUACAAGAUAGCAUGGCUUCCUUACUUCAAUCUGUUGGAGCCUCUGAAAAAGUUUUUCAGUUGAUUCAUCUUCCACCGAGCAGCGAGUUUCAGUCGAAAGGUAGGAGACCCAUUUUUCACCUUAAGCUUUAUUCGUCAAUUUCCAAGCGCUAUUCACAUCAUGAUUCUAUCCUAGACUGUGAAUGGUAUGUUAUGAUUCUAUCCUAG